GCAUGCGCAUGCACGUACCUUCAUGGAUAGCCCUCAGGGCCUCUACGUACCAGUUAGUGCCGUUCCAACACUGCUGAUCCCGACCACACACCAUUGCCCCCCUCCCGGCUCAGGUACCCUUUCACGUCAAAACCGACAAAGGCCUCACGGAACCCAUCAGCAGUCGGCCUGCCUCCCGCUCCCGCCCCGCCCCCCCUACCAGACCACGACAGAGACACCUUCUGUGCACCCCUCACAUGGGCCACCUCGCCAACGUAGGCGUGCAGCGGGCUUGGCAGGGCCUGAGCAUCGUGCAUACUGAUGGAGAUCUCGCUGAUGGAAGGCAUCCGUGGGUCGUCGAAGAGCCCCAGCUGCUGAUUCCCGCACAUGCCGAGCCGAAGGUGGUCGAUGGUGACUUUCUCGAGGCGGCUCACUGGCAAGGCGACGAGGCAUCUCUGGACCAGCGCGCAAUUGGACCUGUCAAACAGCACACGCUCCACUCGUGGGGCCUGGAAUCGACACACAUACAUCAGCUCGACAGUAUCGUCAUGUGUAUCUAUCGGCCGCCGUACCGAAGCAAAGAAGCGGCUGACGAUAUCAGCGUUGUCGGGAUCGACCAGCCGGAAGACCUUCAUUGACGUCGCUGUGGGGAAGCUGGGUGGGGCGUCAGGGCGGGUGACGCAUGGAGGGAAGACACCGUCAUUCUGCUGGUCGCAUUCCACCGUCACCUCGUCAGCAGAGGCGAAACGGAACCCACGAAAGGCGCGACCAAGACUCUCAAAGUCGUCCUCCUGCUCUUCGAUAGAGGCGUCGAAAUCCUGUUGAUUGAAAUGAUCAGUCACAUGAAAGAAAAAGUAAAGAGGGAGGGAAGUAUAUGAAUGAAACACGAGACAGCUGUGACGAACGAACUGACCUGCUCGAUAGCGACGCUCUUGGCCGCUGCAGCCGAGCGCCGUAUGAACGCGUUCAGGGCCUGAUCGGCCGGGGUCGAUGUUAGCGGAUAGAGGAAGAAGUCACUGCUGAAAUGCGUGACCUGCAUUUAAUCGCAUGGCAUGUACAAGAAGACAGGCACAACAAGACGUUUAAAGCAUUCGAACGAAGACUGCAGCUCAGCUCCAAACAUACGGGUGAUGAUUUGAUUCCUCCAUGGCCGUGUGUGCACAUAUGAUUGAUCUGCGUACCUCAAGUGCGAAGCCGGCAGCACAGGAAUCCAUCACGAGUGCGUGGAGCUCGCGAACGUUCUGCAUGCUGCUCAGCGCCUCCACCCACUCCCCUUGGAAAUGCACCCGCAGUUUCUUCAGCCGCACACGACUGGCCCGGAGCAGCGUCUUCAGCCCGUUCAGGUCAGCUGCCGUGCACGCAAACAGAUACAGCUCCCCGAGGCUCUCGAGAACGACGAGGUUGGGCACUUGCUUGAGCGAGCCGAUCAGCUCGUCGACGACCAGACCGUCUUGGAUGAAAUGUCGGAGGUUUCUCGUCUCGCUCACCCACUUGGCGGGCGAUGCGUCGCUCGGCGGCACGAUGGAGGCAAACUCAAACAAUUGCAGGACAGGGAGCACCCAUCGUCGCUCCUCCGCCAUCGCCAGCCAGACGUUAGUGUCCCCAUCGAUGCGCACCCUCUCCAGCCGUGGGAAGAUCUGCCUCCUCCUCGUCGUCGACACUCCAGUCGAGGUCACUCGGUGCCGCGCACUUGUGAUCUCGAGGGACCGCAGUGCAGCAGCAGUGCCUUCCAGCAGCACAAUGAGGCCGGCCACAUUCCCCUCAGAAACGCUGAUGGACGCCCUCGCUGAAUGGCACAUUCGGCUGGCCAGAAGGGAGGCGCCAGCGGGAGUAAGCCGGCUCCAUGCUGACGUUUCUGCAGGGACGACGGUGAGAUGUUGAUAUGCAGAGGGAGAGCCCGCAGCCGCACGAAACAGGCGACAGACGAGGGAGAGCCGGAAUGACUCGAGGGUCGUCAGGUGGCCGAAGAUACCUCGGACACAUUCAACGGGCAGGUCAGCGAACACCAUAAUGAUUGGUAACGACCGAGGGAGAGGUCGCGGGAAUGUACACAGCGCUGGCCACUUGAGACUUGCGCGGGCGUCGGACACACCAGGCCGGGCCCUCUCGCGAACGCGAAAGCAAAACCCUGGGAGCAAGGCAG